CCAAACGCCUACAGAAUGUGUACGAAUGACGAUAUGAAAUAUGGAAACGUUAUUUUAAAAAAAAAUGUUUCCGAGUUGAUACAAUGUAGUGAAAGGGUUUAGUUAUGUGAAAUGGAACGUUGCGAAGAAGAUGAUCAGUCGGAUUGCAGUACGGUUUACGUGCGUACAACACGUGAAGAAUAUUCAGAAACCGUUAGUCAUAGCGUGUCUCCUAGAAGCGUUCAUCCUGAUGAAGCGGCAUCGUCAUCUGCGGCACCUGCUGCUCUCAAGUUAACUGGACCUGUUUACAAGGGGUUCAAACAUUACGGUCCUAGGGUGCGAUUACAUUGUCGAACUGGAUAUAGCUUGGUUAUAUUACCUAAUGGUAUCGUUACGACAGAUCAAUACGCUAAUAAUCAAGCAGGCGUGCUCGAGUUCAGUUCGGCUGGUAUCGGUGAAGUACGAAUUAGAGGUGUCCAAGCUAAUUUGUACUUAGCUAUGAAUGAAAAUGGCAAUUUAUACGGUGAAGUAAUUACCCCUGAAAAUCCUCGUGAUUACGCAACCGUAUUUGUUGAAGGUAUAUAUGGCCAAUAUAACACUUAUUUAUCUCAAAAAUAUGCCCAUAACGGAUGGUAUGUGGGUAUCAAGAAAAAUGGAAUCAUUAAACGAGGACCAUUAACGCAAUGGGGCCAAAAAGCCAUUCAAUUUUUACCGCUUCGAGACGAGAUUAAAAAUUAAUUUCCAGUAGGUAGGUAAUAACAUAAUAUAGUCCUAUAAGUAUCUGUAAACAUUACCAAACUCAAUUUGUCGGUUUUCGUAUUCCAGAGGAACAAAAAAGGCUUAGCACACAAGUUGGCAAAGUCUUUAGUCUCAAUUUUUAUAUUUUUAAAACUUUUCACCAAUACCACUGCACCUUGUACUUAAGUUAUGAAACCCCAAAGCAUCAUCAAAACAACAGUUCGAAUUGGGAAAUAAAAUCAAAUUACCUACUUAUGUCCAGUAGGUACCUAGUGAAACACUAUUUAACCUUUCAAUGCUCUAAAAAAGCUCAAAGUAUUCCCCCAAAGGAAUAUUUAUCGUCCCAAAACACAGCAUUUAAGUAAUUUUUUUGACAUCUUCGAGAUCUCGCAAGGAAAAACGAUCACAUUACGACAAAAUUGCAAUAAAACCGGGUCAAACAUCGUGAUGUUUUUGAUUUUUAAAUUUUUGAAAUUGUGGCUGAAGUAUAAAAAUUUAUACCUACCUCAUUAUCGUUUCUAUGUAACACCAAAAUUCUCUAAUAGAUAAAAUUUUCAUUUUGGAAGACUACUGGAGUUCCGUGGAAAAUUGCAUGAAUUCAAAUUAAAUUGAUUGCUUUAAGAAUUUAUUAUUGGAACUCGGUUUUGAAAAUUUGAUAAUUUUUGAAUUUUCACAUUUACGUAGACCUGAGACGCACAAGACGUAUACGUAGAUAUCAUUUUCCUCUCCAAAUUACAAAACUAUUUUCUACAAAUUUUCAAAAUUUUCAAAUUUAGUAGAAGGAAUUUGGAAAGUUUUCAUGUGAUAAAAUUUGAUAGCGAAUUUCUAUCAAAAUUAAAGACGUUAAAAUGCUUUGAAAAUCUGAAGUCAGGCUAGUCAGGCUAAAGUUAAAAAUACAUUUUUUGCAAUCUGUUUUAACUAGGUAAGUAAGUAUGUCUACUGCAAGAUGGAAAAAUCACUUUCAAUUAAUCUGCAACAUUCGGGAAGUUACAUAUGUAACUUGAAAAAUCAACAUAAAAAUUGUAGCUUGGCCCCUUCAAUUUUCACCAUUGGCAAAUCACUUCGCAUUAAUGUAGCUCGAGCAGUAUUUUCCGCCGAAAUAUUUGACAUCCCCGCAAAGUCCGGUGUCAAUCCACUAGUGCAAACUCUGAUCGUGAGACACAGGAUAUGAGCUUUUUUUGUUCCUUUUGGUAAAACCAUUAAAACUUUCACUUUGGAAUAAGAAAACGUUUAUUUUUUUAAUUUAUGCAUAAUUUUCUACCCUGUUUUUCAAUGAGUUACGCAUAACAUAGAUUUAGAUAGGUAUUAGAUACGCUGAUUUUACAUUUUGAUGUGCAUUUAAAUGAAAGUUCAUUGAAGUUUGCGGUUUUAUGAUUUCUCAAUAAAGUUAUUCUUUGUAUUGUG